AUGGAUUUGCAGAGAGGUAUGGUCAUGUUAUUGUGUUUGGUUCUCCUGAUAAUCGAAACGACGGCGUAUCGAGAGAGACAGCUGCUGGAACCGGAGAAAACAGCGGUAGAAAACGCAAACGCGGCGGUGGCGUUAGGUGAUCGUGGUUUGAAAACGCGGCGGCCGGAGCAUAAGAACGCUUACGCGACGAUGAUGUAUAUGGGAACGCCAAGGGAUUACGAGUUCUAUGUGGCGACACGUGUCUUGAUCAGAUCGUUGAGAAGUCUACACGUGGAGGCUGAUCUUGUAGUCAUCGCUUCUCUUGAUGUUCCUCUCCGAUGGGUUCAAGCUUUGUAA